AUGAGAUGCCGUCGGGCUCGACGGCGUCUUCGAGCUUCUCGUACCAAUAUGGUAACCAACACGUUGACUCGACAACGCACUGUCGGACCGACAAGUCCAGUCGGGACGAGGAAAAACGGAGACGUCGUCUCACCGCGACUCGGAGUCGAAUCGCCUCAGCCACUCACGCGGCCUCCCUCCUCUACAUCUCAAGCUCAUCUGCCAUGCCAUGUCAGACUCAUGGGCAGACAGACAGGCAGACGGACGGACGGCGAAGAGGCAAAAUCCCACAGCCCGCAGGCACCGUCACCAUUUCACAUACCAAUACACACACACAGACAUACAUACAUACAUAUAUACAUACAUACAUACGGAGGAAGGGGCAUGGAGGGGACGAGCAGUCAGACGGAAAAAGGACAGUGGGAAGCCUGUUUUCCCAAGCCUGCAUCAGCCAACGGCAAGAGACUGUCGCUGUCUCCGAAGAAGACGAACGUCCAGUCCUGUCUCUCGGCAACGACUCAAGGAGGACAAGUUGGUACCGGCCUGUCGGGCGGUCGUGAUGGAUUGGGCCAUAACUCAUAG